CACAUAAAACUGUUCAGAGGCUUCCUGGUAGCCCUACUGUUUCCUCGUCUCUGGACUCUGGUUUUAUCUAGAGUUAUUAGGUGGCAGUAUUUAAAGUCUAUAGCCGACACUCUUGAAAGUAUAAUUUCAAGGCUUGUCUGCAUUUUACAUGAUCGCAAUGAACAUUUUGGACAUAUAAGCUAAUUAUCAUCCAAGCGGUGAAACAUUAACCCGGCAAAACUCACAGGCUUUGCGAACUAGAUAUGUAUGCUCGACCUUGGAACCUGGAAGGCUACUGACAGAAGAGCUCUACCGAUUUGAUUUCAAUGGCAAGAACCACGAUGAGCUGGAAGCUGUCAUGAAUUCAGAACCGAUCUUAGAGGAAAUUUUAAUAAAACGGUCUCAGCAAAAGAAGAGGACUUCACCUCUGAACUACAAAGAGAGGUUAUUUGUAUUAACAAAGACAAGACUGACAUAUUAUGAUGGUUCACCAGAGAAGAAGACAAAAAAGGGCUCCGUUGAUUUACAGAAGAUCAAGUGUGUGGAAAUAGUAAAAAAUGGAGGCGCGAUUAUUCCCUGUGUAAAUAAAUAUCCAUUUCAGGUUGUGUAUGAUGCCAGUAUCUUGUACAUUUUUGCCCCAAGCAAUGAGAGAAGAAGUGUUUGGGUUCAGAAUAUGAAGGAGGAGAUUAAACAGAAUCCCUCAGUUGUGGCCAAGUUCCACCCUCAGUUCUGGCAGGAAGGGGUGUGGCUCUGCUGCAGACAGGUGGAGAAACUGGCGCUUGGUUGUGAGGAGUACAACCUGUUUGGAGACAUUUCACGAAAACCUCUUCCUCCUAUUCCUGGAAAUGAAACAAUUGGAAAGGGCCGUCGACCGGCCCCACCCCCACCUCCACAGGGAAAUGAGGAGAAGAACAGUACGGAGGAAACAAAGGAGGAGAUAGUCAUUGCCCUGUAUGACUUUGAAGGGAAGGAGGCCCAAGACCUGACCCUGGUAAAGGGGGAGGAGUAUGUGAUCGUGGAGAAAUCUGAUGUAAAUUGGUACAAAGCUCAAAAUAAAUACGGAGAAGAAGGAUAUGUGCCCAGCAAUUAUGUGGCUGAGAAGGAAUUGGGUCACAUUGACCAGUAUGUCUGGUACUGCAAAAAUGUCAACAGAAAUCAAGCAGAACAACUACUUAGAAAUGAGGACAAAGAGGGGGGGUUCAUGGUGAGAGAUUCCAGCAGUCCCGGAGCAUUCACUGUCUCUCUAUACACAAAGUCUGCGGGAGAAGGCGGAUCUUCCAUCAGACAUUACCAUAUAAAAGAGACGCAGAGUGUGCCUAAGCUGUUCUACCUGGCCGAAAAGCACCACUUCAGCACUAUUCCCGAGCUCAUCGAGUACCAUCAACACAAUGCAGCAGGACUUGUGGCCAGACUCCGUUAUCCAGUGGGGAAGAGUGGGACAUCAGCCCCUUCUACCGCAGGAUUCAGCUACGAAAAGUGGGAGAUCAACCCCUCAGACCUGACCUUCAUGAAGGAGCUGGGGAGUGGGCAGUAUGGGGUGGUGCGUCUGGGCAAGUGGAGGGCCCAGCACAAGGUAGCCAUAAAGGCCAUCCGGGAGGGUGCCAUGUACGAGGAGGACUUCAUCGAGGAGGCCAAAGUCAUGAUGAAGCUGUCACACCCGAAGCUGGUCCAGCUGUACGGGGUUUGCACGCAGCAGAGGCCCAUAUACAUCGUGACAGAGUUCAUGGAGUUGGGCUGCCUGCUCAACUACAUCCGGCAGAGACGGGGCAGCUUUAGCACAGGCACCCUGCUGGGAAUCACCCAGGACAUCAGCGAAGGCAUGGAGUACCUGGAGAAGAAUGGAUUCAUUCACAGGGACCUGGCUGCGAGGAACUGCUUGGUGAACGAUUCUCUAAUGGUGAAGGUGUCGGAUUUUGGAAUGGCUAGAUACGUCCUGGAUGAUCAGUACACUAGCUCCGUUGGAAUGAAAUUUCCUGUGAAAUGGUCUCCACCUGAAGUCUUCAAUUUCUGCAAAUACAGUAGCAAAUCAGACGUGUGGUCAUUCGGUGUCUUAAUGUGGGAGGUAUUCACAGAAGGUAGAAUGCCCUUCGAACAAAAUGCAAACCAUGAAGUUGUGAUGAUGGUCUCUCAAGGUCAUCGACUGUACAGACCAAAGAAGGCCACAGCUAACAUCUAUGACAUCAUGCAGCUGUGCUGGUCUGAGAAAACUGAAGACAGGCCAACAUUUGCCCAGAUCUCUGUCAUGAUCAGCGAUGCACUGGAGGGAGAUAGCUGAAUCUAACAAGCAAUAAGACAGGAUUUGGACGAUGAUAUAAACAACAUGACUUUGCCUGGGUCGUAGUUUCCUGCCGGGGUUACCCAUUCAUUUGAAUACCUCUUCAUGUAAUUUGUUCAACAGUCUGUCAGGGCAACAUCAUGUUAGCAACAUUCAGCCAGCCUGAAGCCGUCUGUAUUGAAUGAUCUCAAUUCGAAAGAACAUUUAAUUGUGUGCAGAAGAAAUGUUCAGCCAUACAUUUAGCAUUUCUGAAGGAUUUCUCAUGCUAAAUUUGGAAUAUUCUUUGAAGAAAUAUCCUGACAUUUUGAUUGUGAAGACAUGUAAAACAGAGGACUCUUAGAAUUGGUGUUAUUCCAGUGGCUCAUAAAUACUUACACACAUAAACAUACACACAGAUGUAAGCACCCGUACACACAAGCACACACACUCACAGGCAUACACAUACAUUAAUUGUUUUCAUACACACAAAAUUCAAUAUAACAUAAAAAUAUUCAUGAGGCAAUUGAAUGCAAUUAUUUUCUGUUGAUGUUAAUAGCCAUAAAUUUGAUGCUAAUAUGUUUGGUUAAAUUGUUACACUAAUGUUACUUUUGUACUGAGAUGUGAAGAUGAAGGCAAAUGCUUCUCUCUCAAUACAAAUGCUAACACAAAGUCCAACCAAGUUUUUCCUUUUCAGUAUUGAUCUAGGUAGAGGGUGGUAUUACAUGUUUUUAAUGAAAUUAAACAAAUAAUUCCAAUAAGACAUUCUUAGACAAAAGGCAGAUGUUUAUGGGUAAUUGUAUUUUCUUUAAUCUGAUUUAAAUAUAGAUUUUUUAUUUUUA